UCACCGGAACAUAACCUACACGCUACUGGCUAUCCCCGGUCACCCCCUUCCUCCAUUAUCAGCGCCAGAUUCAUCCUCGCUUAUCGACCAGUCCCUUGACUCCCUUCCCUUAUUCUAAUUCUCCCUCAUUCCAUCUUUUCUUUUUCACGAUAAAUAUAAUUCCCACCUUUAUUUUUCACGUCAGGGUUAGGGUUUCUGAAACUUCUAUAUAUGGAAAGCUCUGUUGCUUCAGCGAACUCCCGAAGAUCCUCGUUUCGUUAUUGUCACUGCGGUUUCUUCCGGCGCUGUUGUCGCUGUUUCUGUUGCUUCUACACCUAUCCGUAGGGGGGGUUUGAUUUUAUUUUAUUUUUUCAAAUUUUCAGUACCGAAAUCAGCGAUUUUUUUUUUUGGGUUUCUAGAGUUUAUGGAUUCACAGUGUGCUCGGUCGGCUCUUUCUCUAGGGCUCAAUUCACAUACAUCGUCGGUUUCUACAGCCUCGGCGGCUGACAGUCCGAUUUCGAUUCAAAUUGAUUCGAGCUUUUGCGGCUCGUCGAAUUCGGUCCCGUCCGUUCCGCUGCAGUUGCUUGAGCAAAAGGAAGAGAAAAUAGAACUCGAAAUUGGGGAGGAUCAUAGCGAAGAUGAGAAAUUCAGCAUUCUGGGGCACUCUAUGUGUCUGAAGAGGCCGAGAGAUGGGCAAUCGUUGUUAUGUGGAAGCGCGCCGAAGCGGGCCGCGGUUGACCCGGGUCUCGAGGCGAGGCGGGCCGCGGUGCGGGCCUGGGGGAACCAGCCGCUCGCUGUGGCGGACCCGGAAGUGCACGCGAUCAUGGAGAAGGAGGGGCAGAGACAGUUCAGAGGAAUCGAAUUGAUCGCUUCGGAGAAUUUCGUGAGCAGGGCUGUGAUGGAGGCUCUAGGCAGCCACUUGACCAACAAGUACUCGGAGGGAAUGCCCGGAGCGAGGUACUAUACGGGUAAUCAGCACAUUGAUCAGAUCGAAUUGAUCUGCUGGGAGCGCGCAUUGGCGGCGUUCAAUCUUGAUUCCGAGAAGUGGGGUGUGAAUGUUCAGCCAUACUCUUGUACCUCUGCAAAUUUCGCAGUUUACACUGGUCUUUUGCUCCCCAACGAUCGGAUUAUGGGGUUGGAUUCGCCGUCCGGAGGGCAUUUGAGUCAUGGGUAUUACACUCCGAGCGGGAAGAAGGUCUCGGCCGCAUCGAUAUUCUUUGAGAGUCUCCCUUAUAAAGUGAACCCACAAACGGGUUACAUUGAUUACGAGAAGCUUGAGGAGAAAGCUCUUGAUUUUCGCCCUAAGAUACUUAUUUGCGGCGGGAGUUCUUACCCGAGGGAGUGGGAUUUCGCGAGGUUAAGGCAGAUUGCGGAUAAAUGUGGAGCGGUUUUGAUGUGCGACAUGGCUCAUAUUAGCGGUCUCGUGGCAGCUAAGGAAUGUGCAAAUCCAUUUGAAUACUGUGAUAUCGUUACCUCAACGACUCACAAAAGUCUCCGGGGUCCUAGGGGAGGUAUUAUCUUUUACAGAAGAGGUGUGAAAUCGAGGAAACAGGGCCUGCACCUUAGUUGUGGAGAUGGUAGUGCUCAUUAUGAUUUUGAGGAAAAGAUAAACUUCGCUGUGUUUCCAUCAUUACAAGGGGGCCCCCAUAAUAAUCACAUUGCUGCUCUUGCCAUAGCUUUAAAACAAGUAGCUACUCCGGAGUAUAAAGCCUAUAUACAACAGGUGAAGAAAAAUGCUCAGGCAUUAGCAUCUGCUUUGUUGAAAAGAAAAUGCAGGCUGGUGACUGGGGGUACUGACAAUCAUUUGUUGCUUUGGGAUCUAACUGCUCUAGGCUUAGCAGGCAAGUACUAUGAGAAGGUCUGUGAGAUGUGCCACAUUACUCUCAACAAAAGUGCUAUAUUUGGUGAUAAUGGUUCAAUUUCUCCUGGAGGAGUUAGAAUUGGCACUCCUGCAAUGACAUCCAGAGGUUGUUUGGAGGCUGAUUUUGAGACAAUAGCUGACUUUCUUCUUAAGGCAGCUCAGAUUACAAUUAUGGUGCAGAGGGAACAUGGAAAAUUUCAGAAAGAUUUUCUCAAGGGUCUGCAGAGCAAUAAAGAUAUUGUUGAGCUCCGAAAUCGGGUUGAGGCAUUUGCUUCCCAGUUUGCAAUGCCAGGGUUUGACAUUUGAAAUUGUGAAAGAAGCAGCCUGCCUUCAUCUUUAACAUCACAGUAUUGCUUCUUUGGCUUACCAACAUUUCACUUGGUAACCUUGGUAACCCAUCCAUGCCCUCUCCUGUAAAUUAUGCCC